GCGCUCUUGACCGCACACGUUGUGUUCCCCUCAUCAAUUACACCGUCAUGGGAGCCGGCCAAUCAUCAUCUUCACAAUUACCCACCGCACUCCAUGUCCUCCGCGUAUCCCCCGGUUCGCCAGCUGCACUUGCUCACAUAGAGCCUUUCUUUGACUACAUAGUUGGCCUUGUCGGAGCUGGCGUGAGCGACCAAAGCCUUGAACCGGACAACUUGGGGAGAAUUGUGGACCAGUAUGAAGGAAGAACUCUCUCUCUUCGCGUGUAUAGCGCGAAGACGAAAUCAAGUCGACUCGUGUCCCUAACACCCUCCCGUGUCUGGGCACUUGCACAAACUUCAGACGGUUUCGACGAUCCGAAUGCACAACCCUCCCUUCUUGGCUUGAGCCUUCGCCUAUGUGAUCCGACCCAUGCCUUGGAGAACGUAUGGCAUAUACUGGAGGUAAUGGAAGGCAGCCCUGCAGAAAGUGCAGGCCUUGUCCCUUACGGUGAUUGGAUCGUAGGUUGGUCUGGAGGCGUAUUAGGAGCUGAGUCGGACUUUUACGAUCUGGUGGAAGCGCAUGUGGAGAAGCCACUACGCGUAUACGUCUAUUCCUAUGACUUUGAUUCUAUGCGAGAAGUCGUCCUCAUUCCCAACCGACAAUGGGGUGGCGAGGGAUUACUCGGUUGCGGUGUGGGAUAUGGUCUCCUGCACCGAAUACCACAGGUUGAACCUCAUGUCGAUGCGUCUUCUGCUGGGCCGACCACCUUCCCUGCCCCCCAAUCUCGGCCCAGCACCACGAUCUAUGAGGAAGAUGAGCGCGGGGACGACACCUUUGUACCAGGAGAAGUCCCAUGGAGUCCAUCAUCUCAGGUUCGUGCGACUGCUUAGUGCUACCUCGACCACCCCGUCGGCUGGCUCGGACUCACAUGGAUGUGUUGUACUGGACAUCUGUUACCAUUAGGUUAAGCAAUACCAUAAUUUACUCAGGGC